UGCGCUUUCCUCCGGUUGCGACUCGUUCUCAUUUACCUUCUCGCUUUUAUCCAGAAGCGUAAGGUUAUCUAGAAAGCCCUAAGGGCUCAUCGGCAAUAAGUUAGAGGCGUCUAGGGCUUGUCUUACAUCUUCUCCAUUCGUCGUUGCUGUUCGCCUUCGUGCUUCGCAGGAGGUGUAGAGAUUGCACGCGUCGCUUCUUCGGCUCCUUCGUGGCUGUCUGACUUCGCUACUUCGACGACUUUCCCUUCCCGUCGGAUCGGAACUUACGACAUUUUGAUCGGAAGCAACAACCGGAGCUCGCUGGCUGUGAAGCCCUUCGUCGUCUCGCCAUCAACGCGGAAUUCGUGGAUUCGGUUCUUCAGCUCUUCUUCCGGUGCCGUGCCGGUUGAUCUAUCGGUGGUCAAUUUGGGGAUCUUAAUCGGAAGUGACUGAGUUGCACUCGCUCGGAUAUUGAUUUGUCACAUAUGGCGGACUCUUGAAGCCCCCGGUGCCAGAGAUCCUGCGAUCAGUUGAAUCGGUGCACCAGGGUUUUCCCAUCGUGGAGGUGCUGGGUGUUUUGACGCUGCGAACGUUUUCGAUCGGUCUGCAAAGGAGAUAUACCUUCAAUCUGAGGGGUUUUUGGUACCUGGUCCCUUCCUGGCGGUUGCUGUGGUUAUCUUCCCCGAAGCUGUCAUGAUUUGUGGAUUUUGUUGCUGGUUGCCUUGUUUCUGUCUUCAGUUCAGUUAUUCUAGAGAAAGGGAUUGAUUAAGAAGCUACUACCAGCCUCGUGUUUUCUGGCUGUGAUAUUCGAAGAAUAGCUAGUGGCCUACAGCCAAAGCAUAGAAGGAGAUCACAUUAUAUUAUCAAUUGGCUCUUAUACAAGGGGAAACCUCCUUGAAAAGAAUAUGGCUGUGUACUACAAGUUUAAAAGUGCAAAAGAUUAUGAUUCUAUUCCCAUUGAGGGACAAUUCAUAUCUGUUGCAAAUCUGAAAGAAAGAAUUUUUGAAUCUAAGCAUUUGGGAAGGGGUACUGAUUUUGAUCUGAUGGUUUCAAAUGCUCAGACUAAUGAAGAAUAUGUAGAUGAAGCAGCAAUGAUUCCUAAAAAUACAUCGGUACUUAUACGCCGUGUACCAGGGCGCCCUCGAAACCCUAUUGUUACCGAGAGAGACGAGCCCAAAAUUGUAGAGGAUAAAAUAGAAGAUAUUCCACCAUCUAGUAGCAUCAUGGCUGGCAAUUCAUCCACAAUGAAAUAUCCCGAUGAAUCUGAAUGGGAUGAGUUUGGGAAUGACUUGUAUAGUGUUCCUGAAGCUCAUCCUGCUCAGUCAAAUGCUCCAAUUGUUGAUGUUUCUCCUGUGAACAAAGUUGAUGAAGAGAGCAAGAUUAAAGCUUUAGUUGAUACACCUGCACUUGAUUGGAAUCGCCAAGGGCAUGAUUCAUAUGGUGCUGGCAGAGGAUUUGGUAGGGGAAUGGGUGGAAGGAUGAUGGCUGGCCGUGGUUUUGCUCGAGGCAUCAUGGAGAAGAAGACGCCUCCUCCUGGUUACAUCUGCCAUAGAUGCAAAGUUCCUGGUCAUUUUAUCCAGCAUUGCCCCACAAAUGGUGACCCUAAUUAUGACAUUAAAAGGGUGAAGCCGCCUACUGGGAUUCCAAGAUCUAUGUUAAUGGCAACUCCAGAUGGGUCUUAUGCACUGCCAAGCGGCGCAGUUGCUGUCUUGAAGCCAAAUGAAGCUGCAUUUGAGAAAGAAAUUGAGGGGUUACCUUCUACUCGAUCUAUUACUGAUCUUCCACCUGAAUUGCGCUGCCCAUUGUGUAAGGAAGUAAUGAAGGAUGCUGUAUUAACCAGCAGAUGUUGUUUCAAGAGUUUCUGUGAUAAGUGUAUCCGUGACUACAUAAUAAGCAACUCAAAGUGCGUCUGCGGGGCAACAAAUAUAUUAGCUGAUGACCUCCUUCCAAAUAAAACACUAAGAGAGACUAUCAGCCGUAUAUUGGAGACAACUACAAGCAGCACAGAGAAUGCUGGAAGCUUGGUACAGGUGCAAGAUAUGGAAUCUGCUCGCCCUGUACAAUCCAGAGUUCCAUCACCUACUCUUUCUAGUACCUCGAAGGGCGAACCCAAGCGGCCUCCUCCAGCAGACAAUACUGCAUAUAUCAAGGAAGGUGAGGGUGCAAGUGAACCGAAGGCUGAUAAUUUUACACCACUUUUUCUGGAUAAGAAGUCAGAGAAAUCCAUGGAUCAAGCUGAAGCAGCACCGGAUUUAACGAAUGUAAAAGAGGCAGUAUAUGCAGAAGCAACUCCAAUUCCAGAAGAGGCUCAGGAAAAGUUGCCUCUGGGCGAUCUAGGAAAGAAGAAGAAGAAGAAGAAAACUCGAAUUGCUGCUACUGGUUCUGACAUGCAAUGGAGGAAUUUUCAACAAGAUUUUGGGAUGGAGAGCUUCGCUGGGAUGCCUGUGGGUCCAUCAGCUUACAAUCCUUAUUGGGGUAAUGGGAUGCCAAUUGGAAUUGAUGGAUUCAUACCUUCUUUAGCUGCUCCUAUGCCAUUCAUGGGUUAUACACCUAGUCCUUUUGAUGUUCCUUUUGGGGGAAUCUUACCACCUGAUCCAUAUGCCGCGCAAGGCUACAUGAUGCCUGGUUUUCCUCAGAGGGAUCUUGCUGAGCUGGGGAUGAAUGGAUUUGGCAUGAAUCAAGGACCUCCAUUUAUGAACCGAGAGGAGUUCGAAGCUAGGAAAGCUGAGAUGAGGAGAAAGCGUGAAAUGGAUCGCGCGGAGAGACAAGGUGAAAGAGAGUUCGCCAGGGAAAGAGAGAGAGUGCCGCCGGGAAAGGAGACCAAUAGCAGUGUUGAUGCUGCUUCACUGAAGAAGGCUAAGCCUAGAUUGAGGUCAGAGGUGUUAGAAACUGUUAAAGAGAAGCAGCCAAACGUGGACCGGAGUGCCGGUCCGUCCCGCGACGCGGUUCGGCUUUCUCCUCAGCCUCCCCGACCGCCCGUGAAGCGAAAAUCAUCCGACCGGGAGCAGUCGGCCGGGGAUGCCGCGGCCGCGUCUAAGGCGGAAAGGAAGCAGAAGGGAAGUGUGUUCUCUCGCAUCAGUUUUCCGGCGGAGUCCGGCGAUCCGGAUCGGGCAACCGGCAAGCGGAGGAAGACCUCGUCGGAUCCGCCCAACGGCUUGAAGGAUCACAGCGAGCGGGAAAGGGAGCGGCCGCUCGUUAAUGUGUACAUUAGUUCAUCGACCAGCCGAAGGAGCGGCGGCGGCGGCGGCGGAGCAGGGGGAUACGACUAUGAGUCGAGCGAUGAGGAGCGGCACUUCAAGCGGAGAUCGUCGUCUUCGCGGCGGGAGUCGGAGGAGGAAGAAGCCGCCCGAGCACCUAGGGUAUUGAGGGAGCGCGAGCACCGCGUGAACGAGGUGAAGCGUAGAUGAUCAUCGAGGCCGUACGUCAGUGAUCGGACGGACGGCAUGACCUCCGCGUCUGCGAAGGAGGUUUUCUUGUAGGCUACAAAAUUUACAUGUUUUUUUUAACUGUGUGAAAUGUGGCUUUGUAAUUUCUCUUGUAAUGAGAAUCAUUGAAGAGCUCUUUGCGACUUUUUUUUUAUUAUAUUUCAAGUUUUAAUUAGCCCUUGUAAAAUAAUGUUUGAAUUAUGAAAUUGUUUUUUGUGCAA